AUGAGGGUUGCUAGGGCGGACAACAGUCAACAGGGUAAGAAAGGAGCAGGGAGAUCGAGGAGGUAUCGAGGAGUGGGUGGAGUGUCAAAGGGUUUUGCACUGAAGCGUGGGAUGGGUGGGAGAAAGGGAGGAGCACGAGGGAGGAAGAGUAGUCGGAGCAAGGGGGCUUGUGGUCGGCUGGAUGGUGAAGAGGAGGCGGAAAGGUUGAGGGUGAGGGGGCAGAGGGAGGAGGGAGAGGAAGGAGGGGAGGGAGGGGAGAGAGGGAGACAUUUAGAAGAGGAGGAUAGCGAUGUGGUUCUGGUGGAGGGACCUGGGGAGGGGAGGCUGGGCGAGGAGAAAGAGGGGUGCGCUGGUGUGGGGAGUGGUGCUGCGGGUGUGGGGGGCGAUGAGGGGAAUAGGACCUUGGACGCGUCUCAGAAAUCCGUUGGUGUGGGGAGUGAUGAGGGAAGUAAACGUUUGGACGCGUCUCAGAAAGGUGUUGGUGUGGGGAGUGAAGAGGGGAGUAAGGACUGGAAGGAGAGGAAUGUAAUCUGCACCCAAUAUCCAGCCAGAACGAAUAACGAGGCAUCUACUAACAGGGAUAGGAACUUGAUCUGUACUCAGUUUUUUGCUAUCGAGCCAAGGAGUGGGGAAGUGGGGAGCGGAGAGGGGGAGGAAGGAGAAGGAGAGGAGGUUGAGGAGAUUAUAAUGGAGGAGAGGGAGGAAGACGAGGAGACUGAGGAGGGGGAAGAGGAGGGAGACGAUGAGGGAAAGGAUGAGGAGGAAAAGGAAGAAAACGAGGAGGAGGAUGAGGAGGAGGAGGAGGAGGAGGAGGAGGAGGAGGAGGAGGAGGAGGAGGAGGAGGAGGAGGAGGAGGAGGAGGAGGAGGGGGAGGAGGAAGAGGAGGAGGAAGAAGAGGAGGAAGAGGAAGCAGACGGGGGCAAGGAAGGAGAUGAUACCAAAGGAGCAAAUGAUGAGGAUGGAAGAGGUAUCGAGUGGUAUGGGGGGGAUGAGGGGAGCCCAGAUGAGCACAGAGUUUUGACAGACGAGAGGGGUGGCAGGGGUGGGGAGAAGGACCACCAUAUAGGGCGCCUGCACUCCUGUGCAGCAUGCAUGCACGGCUGGGGUAAGGGGAACGAUAAUGGACUCGUGCACUCCUGCACCGCCUUUGUGCACGCUGUGCCGUAUGUCAGCCUGCUGCUGCCGCAUGUCACCUUCACUCUGCAUGGGCUGUGCGGUCCAGAUGAGCAAGGGGAAAAAGGAGAUCUAGAGGAGCAAGAGCCAGAUGUUGAAAGGUAUGUGCUUUUCGUCUAUCUUGCGUGUGAGCGGUUGAGUGCAGCAGCAGUGGGGGCCACGGAGGCCUGUGGGGCGGACAGCUGGCUCAUGUCACACCUGCUGCUGCAAUCAGUUCAUUUCUCGUGUACCGGAGAGGUGGCACAUGGAGAGAUGGUGGCAGGGGCUGCAUCAAUACACAUGCAGUAUGCAAGGGCACAGGACGACCUGAGAAAGGCCCUCGAAGCUUGCCGGUUGCAGGCGUCUAGGCGCAGGGGCGCACCUGCCAGCCCUGCUGGGAUACAGGACUUGAGCUUCCUGCUUGACAAGGUGCUAGCAUCAGCACUCGCCGCACAGGGGGUCAAAGAUGUGAUAGGAAAGGGUGCAGGAGAAGAGGGGGAGGAGGGAUGGGAGGGAGAGGGGGAAAAGCGUGGAGGUUACGGGGGAAAAGAGGUCUCUGUUUCCUCUUCAGGUCCCUGUUUCCUCUUCUGGUCUCUGUUACUGUUUCUCGAGCGCAGCCUUGGGCCGAGCCUAACCGCACACGGAGUGGGCUUUGUGGGAGUUUCUUCUCCUGCCUUCAAGAAACGAGAGGGCAAGGAGAUGACAGAGGAGAAAGCAGAACAGGAAAGGAGGAGUGGAGAACCGUUAGAAAUGAGAGAGGAGGGAGAGGGUUUAGGGGAAGUAGGGAAGGGAGAAGGGAUUGGGGAAGGCGAAGGGGAAGGGGAGCGAGGGGAGGCGAAGGAGGGAGGGGAGAUUGACCAGGGAAAGGGGAGAAAGCGGAGGAGGAUCAUUCGCUUGAGUGAAGGAAAUGAAGAGGAGAACGAAGGGGGGGAUACAAACGAUGACGAAGAGGAGGGGUGGGGAGAAGAGGAGGAGGGGUGGGGAGAAGAGGAGGAGGGACGUCAUCGCAGGGAAUGCUUUGAAGCCAUUAAGAAGUGCCUGGAAGCUUGUGACGGGGCAGAGGGGACGAAGGGGGCGGAGGGGGCGGAGGGGGCGGAAGAGGCGGAUGAUGCAGAAGGGACGAAGGGGCUGGAGGAACAAGGUGGCAGCAGCCUGAGCAGCAUGGGUGACGAGCAGCCGCAAGAGACACACAAGCUUAUAGUCUUUAACCUGUUUGCCCUUGAAGCAUGGCACAUAGCGGAACAUUUCGAAGUCAAGUGCAUGGCUGCUGCGCCCUACGUCAUGCCUUACAGGCCUCCCCACCAGUUCCCUUCGCUCUUUGCUCGCAGCCACCCGUCCCUUUUCCGCCGGUUGCAACGAGCAGUUAGCCCACACGAGGUGAGUGUGAAGGUGGCUUUUGAGUCGACUCAAAAGUUGAUUCGCUCUUUGCCGCAGCCACCCGUCCCUUUUCCGCCGGUUGCAGCAAGCACUAUCAUGGGCGGAGGUGUCAGAAUGGAUGUGGCCGCUGCUCUUCCCCUGCCACCGGUGGGCACGGUGGAGGGAAGCUUCUCUGUGCCUUCCUCCCUGCGCUCUCCUGGUUUGUCCUCCUCCCACAUCCUUCAGGAUGCCUUUAGGUUCCAGUAUGCAGCGACUUUUGAGGCGCCGCAAAAGACUUCUGAGGGGCCUCAAAAGUCACCUGUGCAGUGCAGGGUCCGCAUUAUACCUUCUGAUGCAGUCACUGUCUCUCGUCUUUCCCUGCCCUCCUUUUUUCUCACCUUCGCUCUUUCCCUCGUUCCCUCCUUCCCUCCUUCCCUCCUGAUGCCCUCAUCCUAUCAGCUGCUCUUCCAGUACUUCCUCCCUCCUCAUUGCCAGCGAAAUGUGCUGCUCUACCAGUACUUCCACCCUCCUCGCGUGCUGGGCGUACCGCGUAGCCAGAACAAUGUGUUCUAUGUGGGCUUCAGUUCCAUGGGCAGCAUGGGUCUUCUCCCCCGCCCUGCGUUGCUCCUCGCCACCAUCAUUGCCGCAGCUGAAGCCCUCAACCUGCGAGCCGUGGUCGUGACAAGUGGCGACAGCGCAUUGGAGGAGGCAGUCGCUGCAGUGUGCAGGGACGAAAAGCAGCACGUGCAGGAGCAAGAGGAGGAGUGGCGAAAAAGAGCAGCAGAUUUGGUUGCAAGGGGCAGAGGCGAAAUGCUGUCAGUGGAUGAGAAACGGUGGCUGUUGUCCCAGCGACCAUCCCAACCAGCACCACCCCAAUUGUCAACCUCACCGCUCUUGCCUCUCGGCCUUCCCAGGAUGUUUGCGGGUGGGAUGGUCCUUGCCCUUCGGGGCCCUGUCUCUCACGAGUGGCUCUUCCCCCGCUGCUGCUUUGUGCUGCACCAUGCCGGCAGCGGCACCACGGCAGCAGCACUGCGAGCAGGCGUGCCCCAGCUCCUCUGCCCCUUCAUUCUCGACCAGCACUACUGGGCUCACCGCCUCUGCUACCUUGGGGUCGCCCCCCCUCCUCUCCGCCCGUCUGACCUCAUGCCUGUAGAGUCGGCGCACCAUUCACCAGCAGUAGCAACCGUCGUGAGUCGCUUCGCUGCUGCAUUGGGUGUGGGCAUGAGGGAGCGCGCACAGGAGCUAUCACGAGAGAUACAGACAGAGGUGCGUCUCUUGGAUGACUGA